AUGCCUCGAGCUGUGAAAGGCGUUUUGAUCGAGUGCGACCCGUCUGUAAAAGCCAUCAUACUGAAGUAUGACAGGCUCCAGAAUAAUGAGUAUAUUGUCGAAGACUUAGAGGGUGACGACCGGUACCUGGUUGUAAAGGAGAGCCAGCUUGCGAACCUUAAGAUUCGAUUGGCAAAGGCAUGGAUUUCACCGCAAACAGUAGCUGCGAACUCGACGGAAAACUUAUGCAACCAGAAGAAUCCGAGUCAGAGUAACUGCUAUUCCUCCACGGCCAUGCGUAUGAUACACUCGAACCCUUUACUGCAUCCAGGCCGGUUCCUAUCAAACAAUGUCGGUUCUCCGCAGAUACCGAGUGAUCGAGACAUGACUACUCAACGUAACUAUUUGAACAAUCCGCCAGAAACGCCUGAAUAA